UGGAGUGACGACGGACGCGAUGUUUGUCGCUUUUCAGGUUUGAAGACGCCGCUGCCGGAGCUGGGUCUCGCCCGCCCCGGGUCUUCCUCUCUGUAGUUUCCAGAAUUACUUUUGACAGAAACAUUUGAAAGGAAAAAUCCAUACCAUGGCCUCAGCAGUUCUCAGUUCUGUUCCCACUACAGCCUCUCGUUUUGCCCUUUUACAAGUAGAUAGUGGCAGUGGUUCUGAUUCUGAACCUGGAAAAGGGAAAGGCCGGAAUACUGGAAAGUCUCAAACUGUGGGAAGCAAAUCAACUACAAAUGAGAAAAAGAGGGAAAAGAGAAGAAAAAAAAAAGAACAGCAACAGAGUGAAGCAAAUGAGCUUAGGAAUCUUGCUUUUAAGAAGAUUCCCCCAAAAUCCUCUCAUGCCAUUUGUAAUGCUCAUCAGGACCUUCCAUUGUCAAAUCCUGUGCAGAAGGAUUCACGAGAAGAAAACUGGCAAGAAUGGAGACAAAGAGAUGAACAGCUGACAUCUGAAAUGUUUGAAGCUGAUCUCGAGAAGGCAUUAUUGCUAAGUAAAUUAGAAUAUGAAGAGCACAAAAAGGAGUAUGAAAAUACUGAAAACGCUUCAACUCAGUCAAAGGUUAUGCAUAAAAAAGAUAAAAGAAAGAAUCAUCAAGGAAGAGACAAACCUCUCACGGUAUCACUAAAAGAUUUUCAAUCUGAAGAUAACAUUAGUAAAAAGACUGAGGAAUUGAGUUCUACUCAGACUUUAUCACAUGAUGGAGGAUUCUUCAAUAGAUUGGAAGAUGAUGUUCAUAAAAUUCUUAUUAGAGAAAAAAGAAGAGAUCAGCUUACAGAAUAUAAUGGAACAGAUAACUGUACAACUCAUGAACACAAGGAAGUGGCUCUUAAAGAUGGAAGAAUUGAAAGAUUAAAGUUGGAACUUGAAAGGAAAGAUGCUGAAAUCCAGAAGCUGAAAAAUGUGAUCACUCAGUGGGAGGCAAAGUAUAAAGAAGUAAAGGCGAGAAAUGCACAGUUGCUGAAAAUGCUUCAGGAAGGUGAAAUGAAAGAUAAAGCAGAAAUACUUCUGCAAGUUGAUGAAUCACAAAGUAUCAAGAAUGAGCUAACUGUACAGGUGACUUCACUUCAUGCUGCAUUAGAACAAGAAAGAUCUAAAGUGAAAGUAUUACAAGCAGAAUUAGCCAAGUACCAGGGUGGCAGAAAAGGAAAAAGAAACUCUGAAUCUGACCAGUGCAGGUGAUUACAUUAGCCUUUGAAGUCAACACAAAAAUUAAAUUUUCAGGGCUUUUCAAAAAAUGUAGAUAUUUAAAUGUUGUGCAGCUGCUAGACUAUGCAGUUUUGUUGAAGAAACAACAAGCAACUAGCUAAUAGUCUAUAAAUUUAUGUUUUUUGGUUUAAAAGUGAAAAGAAAAAUUAGAAUUCCAGUAGAACUUAAUGAUGAUGAUUGUUUACUCUCCAUACUUCUUGUCACUUUAGUUUGUCAUCAUUCAAUAAAAUGACUUUACUAUUCCUCCCAUGUUUGAUUUUUUUAAGUUCCAUAAACAGUGUGAAAACUUUAUUUUUGCUUUAUAGCUCAGUCAGUUAAUUGGAUUCUCUCAGUUCAGAUAUUUAUUUAGCAUUUUCUGUGCACAGUGCCUUACAGGACAGAUGAGAGAAACAUGGUUGAUAUCCUCAGGUAGCUUAUGCUUAGGGGAAAUAGAAGAUGGAAGAGGGUAAAGGAAAACAGGAGUGAAAAUAAUUAGCAUGUGUAUCAUAUUGUUUAGAAAUUGAGAUUUUUUUUUACAAAGUAUUUUUGGAAAUUUGUUGAAAAGCAUUACGGGAAGAAGGAAUGAAAUCUGGGCUGAGAGAUUUAAAGAACAAUCUACCCUGAGGACAGUAACUUGACACACUGAGAGUAGGAAGAGUACUGAUGUAUGAGAAAGGAUGAACGAGAGAUUUUUAUUAGUGUAGUCAGUUACUACUCAUUGCUUAUGAGACUUAGUUUUUUAAAAUAUAUUCAGUAAAAUACAAUUAUGAUGCAUUAAAAGAAGGUUAUCUUUGAGUGUGUAAUAACAAAGAUGAACACACAAAUUCUGGUCUUGGCUUCCAAAACCACCAUUAUAUGAAAGAUUCUACAUGUCGACCAUCAUAAAACAGAAAGAUCAUAAAAUUGUCAUCAUUGUUUAUAUGUCUAUCUUUUCCUGUGAUGGGUGAAUUAAUGUGGGGGAGAUGGAUAAAACUGAUUUUUGACAUAUUAAGUUGGAUUUCUUUUAGAGAAUCUAAAAGUAAGAGUCCAUGAAAUUGGAAAUAGAGAUCUAGUCCUUUGAGGAAAGGCUAGAGGAAUUAUGGGUUUGGAUUCUACCUACAGUUAGUAUAUGAGUAAUUGAGACACUCAAGGAUAAGUAUUUGAAGAGAAGUAUUGCUGAGGACAGACUUUGUGAAUAGAACACACACGCGUGCACACACACACACACACACACAGAGUGGUGAGAAAUGUGGGAGGCAAGGUUGUAAAGGUUGUACAGCGGUCUGAGGUUACAAACGUGACUUGGAUUUAACAGCUGCAGAACACUGAUGACAUUCAGAAUGGCUUGUGCAGUGGCACAGCAAGAUAUUGAGGAAAAGUUACAAUUCAUUAAGACUUGGCAGUUUAAGAAAGAAUCUUGGGCUGGGAAUGGAGCUCAGUGAUAGGGUACUUGCCUAGCACGUGAGAGACCCUGAUUUCCAUCCCCAGGGCUAAAAAGGGAAAGGGAUCUUGAGGUUCCCUAAAGGAGCUACAGAAUGAGUGAGGUUUGGUUGGUUUUUGUGUAGAACAAAAUAGGCCUUUAAAAUACUCACAAACACAGAAUAAACAGUUAAGAAAACAUAAAUGUAAAGAGGGAAAUAAGGGAUUGACUUCAGAGCCUACCAAUUAGUUGUUUACUUGCCAUCAUGUAAUUGGUUGCUUUACAACCAUCUCUAACUCAUAGUUUGACACUAAAUUAAGUUACUCUCUGUUCAUGAAAUUACGGCCCUUUGAAUAUGAUAAUUUUAAGAAUGUUUAAAGAGAAUGU